UGGAUAUCUUGAGACCAUCCUCCAGAACAUCACAGCACAUACGUCGACCACCUGACAGACAGAGAGAGAAGAGUGGAGGGAUGUGAAAGACAGCAUGGUAAAAAAAGAAGGCUUGCUUCCUCCUACUGUGAUGCACAAUGAUCCUUUGAUAUACUUCCUCCUUGAGAAGGUCUCAACACAGCACCACAGCAGGUCUGGACUCGGUCAUUUUUACGAGGAAACUAGCAGGCCACAGGAGGAGCUCAGAACAUCUGUAAACGGAUUGAGGAAGAAGAUGAUUCAAUAUGAGAAAGCUGCACAGACCUGUAACCAUUCUGCAAAACACAACCAGGCUGAGAUCAAACUGACAGAGGAACAGAUGAAAAAGGAGUUUGAGAGACUUCACCGGUUUUUGCGAGAGGAGGAAGAAGCCAGGAUACUUGCACUCAAGAAGGAACAGGAGGAGAAGAAGAGAGAGUUGCAUGAAAGGACGAACAGAAUCAGUCAGAUGAUAAAAUCUCUGGGAAACAAGAUCCAGCUGAUUGAAGAGGAGCUAGAUGCAGAUGGAGAUGGGGUUACAUUUUUACAGCAAUACCAAGACGAAGGAAAAAGCACUCAGACAGGUCACAGAGAGCCAAUGAAGAUUUGCAGACUUCUACUAAAUGUGGCUAAACAUCUGGGAAACAUCCAGUAUGCUGUCUGGGACAAGAUGAAACACAUCGCCACCUACACUCCAGUGACACUGGACCCAAGAACAGCUGGCAAGUCCCUGAGAGUGUCUACUGGACUGAACAGUGUCCAGAUUUCUCCUGAACCCUCACUGGGGCAUGAAGAGAAUCAAAGUAUCCCAGCCAACCCAGAACGUUUUCACCCUUACUCCUGCAUCCUGGCAAAAGAAGGCUACAACUCCGGGGUACACUGUUGGGAUAUUGAGGUUGGUGACACCGUUAACUGGACAGUCGGUGUUGCUACUCACUCAGUGUCCAGAGGAGAAGAGUUCGAGGCAUGUCCAGAGGCAGGGCUCUGGUGUAUCAGCCUGCGGGACGGCGAGUAUCGAGCUCUCACCACUCCCUCUCAGAUCCUUCACCUGGACAAGUCACACCACCUAAAGAGAGUCCGAGUGAGGCUGGACUGGGAUGAAGAGAAGCUGGAAUUCAUGAACAGUGAUACUCACAUACAUCUGUUCACGUUUAGACAUCGCUUUGUUGAAAAGGUGUACCCAUACUUGGAGACCAUAUCUGCGUGCGGGGGCCUUGCUGUGUUGGCAGCGAGAGUGAACGUCAGCAUGGAGUCAUAUCACAUCCCUGUUGAAGACACUGGCCCUAAAGAGAGUCAGGAAAGUGAAUCCUCCGCUGAAGAAAGAAUCAUCACUUCAGUUACAAACAACAACAAAAAGACGUUAGAUUACCUACAUGUGGCAGAAGACAAAAACCUAUCAGUUCAUUCUAAGAGUGAGGAGAAAAACACCAAACCUGAGAGCCCCACCUGUAAGCAGAAGCUCAAAACUAAAUCUGCUGGAGGAGAAAAGACAUCAGGCAACAAACCUGCUGUUAAAAAACAGCCAACCAGGAAGCCCAGGUUUAAUGUGACCUACCAUGUUUCACUGAACCGAGCCCUAAACAUCAUCAAAAAUGAAUCCUGCAAACCGCCAAGAAAUCCAGAUCAAUCCUGUUGA